GUUUUAUUUUACAUACUACAAAAAUCGUAUCCCCGCCGAAUUGUAUGAACAAUUCCGACGAUUAAAUUUGCCCGGCGAUCUCGCGCGAGAUAUUUCGAAAACGCCAACUCGCAAAAUCGUUUAUCUUCUCGACGUUUAAUGCUGGAUAAACACGAUAGAAAUGCCUAAUUUCUUGGUGAUUUUCAGGUCUUCGACAUGAGCUAGAUUAAAGCGCAGCCAUGAGUCAGUUCAAAGGAUAUUACGACGAUAAAAACGGCAUUGGAUAUUCGCAAGGCAUGAACAACGAGCUGUCGGAGAAGGCGCGCCUGCACCAACAGCAACAGCCGGUGAAGCUGCAACCGGCUUGGGAGGAGAACAAUCUACCCGACGACGAGCUGAAUUUCAGGCAUCUAACCAUGGCGGAAGCGAGCCUGGCCCUUCACGAGCCCCGCGAUCGCAACAAAUUCAUCUACAUCACGUUCCUGGUGCACGGCAUCGGCGUCCUCACCUCCUGGAACAUGUUCAUCAACGCCUUCGAGUAUUUCAGGUUUUACAAGUUCUCCGUCGAGUACAUCGGCUUCAGCUUCGAUUACAACAGCAACUUCAUGCAGUACUUGACGUUUUGCUCGCAAAUACCGGCGAUCGUGUUCAGCUGGGUGAACGUGUUCCUGCAGCUGGGAGGGAAUAUCACGGUGCGGAUCGUGUGGAGCAUCGGCGUCGCCAUCGUGGUGUUUAUUGUGACCAUUUUGCUGGCCAUGUUGGACACCAGCGAGAUUCCCUACGCUUUUUUCUACGUCACGCUCGUCUGCGUCGUUAUUUUGAAUAGUGCCAAUGCAAUUUACCAAAACACGAUUUUCGGUAUGGCUGCGAAAUUGCCGGGGAAGUACACGGGCGCUAUAGUAAUAGGAAACAACAUUUGCGGAUUAUUCGCGUCGAGCGUUAGUUCUAUUUCGAAAUUGAGCGCGAGUAAUCUCAAGAUGGCGGCGAUUUACUAUUUCAUAACCGCCUUGUUCGUGUUGUUAAUUUGCUUCGAUACCUACUUCGCUCUACCGUUGAACAAAUACUACAGGCACUUCGAUUUGAAAGAGAAGAAGGAGAAACAGAAGGCGCUGGCGUCGAGUACCGGCGGCAGGCCGCCAUAUUGGUACAUCUUCCGGAAGGCUCUACCUCAAUUGCUCAACGUGUAUUUGGUGUUUUUCGUCACCUUAUCGAUAUUCCCCACAAUACAAACCGGCAUCACCAAAAGCGAUCCGGGUUUCUUCGUAUCGGAGGAUUUCUACUCGGAGAUAAUGUGCUUCAUGACCUUCAAUCUGUUCGCUUUGAUAGGUAGCUGGCUACCUUCGUAUUUCAUAUGGCCCGGUCCUAAAUGGUUGUGGAUUCCUGUGGUUCUUCGACUGGUUUACAUACCGCUGUUUCUACUCUGCAAUUACAACGUCGAAGGAGUCGAUAGAGUACUACCUAUUGUUAUACAAAAUGACUAUGUUUACUUCUAUUUAAGCGCCACGAUGGCCUUAAGUAGCGGUUAUUUGAGUUCCUUGGCGAUGAUGUACGUUCCCAGCGCUGUAGAAGAGCGUUACGCCACUACUGCGGGGAUGUUCGCCGCAGCGGCCUUAGCCUCGGGGAUAUUCUCGGGCAUCGUGAUGACCUUCGGGUGGCCUUGGUUCAUAUCGCACGUGGGCAACUAGCAAAAAUGUUUGGUAUAUGACACAGAUGUGAAGGAGUUCGUCAUAAGGUUUAGUUGAUUACUCGGAACUGGUCUGGUCAUAUACCCCGCUAAGGCGAGAAGCGUUAGGUUUUAGUUUUUGUCUAUAAUUACUAUUUUUUUUUUUAUAAUUAAAUUUGAUGUUUAUUUUUGGCGGUUAGUUGAGUGAAUUUGUGUUGAGUUUGAUUUCGAAUUCGUUUUUUGUUUUAAUAUUGAUCGGUUGUGCUUGUAUGUUGUAACCCUACUUAGUACAAAAUAUGUUACUAUAGUGGGAUCCAUGUUGAAAUGUUGGUAUUACUGAAAUUUGAACGUGGAUUUCAUUAGAACCGUUGCCAAUUUAUGAAUGAUGUGUUGAUAAACUUAUAUGUUGUGGUGAAUUAGUGUUAAUUUUAUGGAUUAAAUUAAUUAAUUGUGCUUCCCCCAUUAGUUGGUGAAUGUUAGAUAAACUAUAUGGGAGAUGCACUUCAUUUUUUGCCAACUGUACCAUCUAAAUAUUCUUGAUAUUUUUGCGAUUCGAACGUCAGACAAUCGGUAUUAAUAUUGAAAAUUACUAUCGUACUUUCUUUCAUUUUAACCAGUAUGAUAAAGCCUAGUUUAUAUAGAUGCGAAUUGCGAAUUUCAUAAUAAAAAAUACAUUAUGAAAUAUUUAAUACAAAUUAU